AUUCACUCUUGGACGAUGGCGUAACUAGCAACACAACUCCCUUCAGCCAUUUGCACCACAGAAAUGCACGUAGGGGAGCAAUGCACACUGAACGUCAACCGUCGAUUCUUGCAUGUGAAGAGGAAUAUUUGGAUAGUGAAAAUAUAUCGGGAGUAUUCCUCACUCUAAUCCUAAUCAAAUUUCAAACCACAAGCUGCGAAACUGACGCCGAAACAACAGCCUUAGCCAUGCCGAGGGGUUUUUCCCUAAUGGUUGACCUUCGGAGUAUUCCUGCUAUCGCAACUACUCGGACAAUUGCAUGGCUACCGUGGUGUUGGAGAAUGAUGUGAACGUCGCGCAGGAGAGUUGACGUUGAAGAGCUGUAGAAUGAAGAGCGACAUCCAGAGCAUUUUCGAGCGAGCCUAAGCUUGUUAGCCUGACGAGAGAUACACUUUGAUAAGGAUUGAAAACGAACAUACUGUACCCACGACGCCGACUUUACAUCAUUUGGCAGAGUUUGGCGCUAUAAAUGCGCACCAUACUCGAGGGUUUGCAAGGAAUCUGGCGAUGGGGAAGGAAGUCCUUGGAAAGGCGAUAAAUGAAAUCAUCUGGACAUUCAAGGCAACUUCUCAACGCUUGGUAGGACUGCCAAAGCUUCAAAGCGUGGAGCCGUCGAAGUUUUGGCGCAUGAACCCCAUCGUUGCCUGUCCAAGUUGAUCUUGGAUGGACUUUGUUUGGACAGUUUUGGGAUAGCGUGAUGCGUGGCCUUCAAAUCCUGGGGGAGUUGGCCACCAACGAGAAGAAGAGAAGCCGUCAGUGGCAGGAGCAUUCAUCGGCGACUGGAAUGACACUUGGGGAUGCGAUGCAAAGCUAACGGUUUCACAGUGAGAGAAGAGGUUUAAAUGGUAUUCACUUAACGACAGUGAACACUACAUACAACGGGUAGAUAACGAUCUAAAUGUACUACAAACCAGCUGAGUAA